UUUAGAAUAUCAUGUGCUAGUAUUAUGCUAAACGGAGACAUUCAUCCAGAAGAAGAAGAAUCAGCCGUAUUUGUGUAUUUCUGUGGCGAAAUGAGGCAGGGGGUGGAGAGUCGCCACAGAGACGUUGGGCUUUGGCCAAACAGCACCGCAUUUUAGCCCGGAUUCGAUGCUCCAUGGGAUUCUAAUUGCAUUGCUGCGUUUUUGAUCGGACAUUUGCAAAGUGGAUGGUGAAACAUGCAGCUUGCUUGAGGACAACACGUACAUCUACUGCUGCCAUGACAGGCAGAGCAGGUCUCUUCACCGCCACGGCUUCGCCGGUUGGAUAAGAAGCAGACUCAUUGGGACGUGGUCGCAUCUGCGGAACUGCCUAUGUGGGCUGUUAUUAUUGUCCGUGGAGCCUAAAACGGUCCUUAUUAUAUACGCAUACACACACAGUGAUCCUUUGCUCAGGGAAAAUGUCUUCUCGAUCUGCGUUACCGUCUGGAAACGACAGGAGUACUGACCAUGUAAGUGCAAUGAUCGCCUACAGCCUACAUUUGAUUCUCUUUCGGGAGGUGCGAAUAAUGAAAGGUUUGAAUCACCCGAACAUAGUGCAGCUGUUUGAGGUGAUUGAGACAGAUAAGACCCUUUACCUCAUCAUGGAGUACGCCAGUGGAGGUGAAGUCUUUGAUUACCUUGUGUCUCACGGGAGAAUGAAGGAGAUUGAAGCCAGAGCCAAAUUUCGACAGAUCGUUUCUGCUGUCCACUACUGCCACCAGAAAUACAUUGUACACCGAGAUUUAAAGGCGGAGAACCUGCUGCUGGACGCCGACGCCAACAUCAAGAUCGCCGACUUCGGCUUCAGCAACGAGUUCACCCUGGGGAACAAGCUGGACACCUUCUGCGGCUCCCCGCCCUACGCCGCCCCGGAGCUCUUCCAGGGCAAGAAGUACGACGGGCCCGAGGUGGACGUCUGGAGCCUGGGGGUCAUCCUGUACACGCUGGUCAGCGGCUCGCUGCCCUUCGACGGGCAGAACCUCAAGGAGCUGAGAGAGCGCGUUCUGCGAGGGAAGUACCGCGUUCCCUUCUACAUGUCAACGGACUGCGAGGGAAUCCUCCGCCGCUUCCUGGUGCUCAACCCCACCAAGCGCUGCACCCUAGACCAAGUCAUGAAGGACAAAUGGAUCAAUUCAGGCUUUGAGGGGGAGGACUUGAAGCCCCACAUAGAGCCGGUCGAGGACUACAGCGACGCGGCUCGCAUAGAGGUGAUGGUUGGGAUGGGCUUCACACCGGAGGAAAUCAAGGACGCUCUGCUGAAUCAGAAAUACAACGAGGUCACCGCCACCUACCUGCUGCUGGGCCUCAAGACAGAGGACGGGACAGGCGAGACCCGUUCUGCCAGCAGUCUGUCCCUGGCACGGGUACGACCCAGCCCCAUCACCAACGGAACCAACAAGCACUCCUCGGCCACCGGCUCCUCCUCUUCCUCCUCUUCCUCCUCCCAUAGCAAGACCCAGCGCAGCGCCUCCACCUACCACAGGCAGAGAAGACACAGCGACUUCUGUGAGUCUAAUAUUGGCGGCCCCUCCAUGCCCGUCAUGCACCCCAAGCGGAGCCCCACUAGCACGGGGGACCGGGAGCUCAGGGAGGGCCGCAUGCCGUCCCGGAAGGCCAGCUGCAGCGUGAUGGGCAGCCACAGCCUGCCGCCCUCCAGCCCGAUGGUCAGCAGCGCCAACAACCCCAACAAGUCGGAGAUCCCCGACCGGCGCAAGGAGAUGACCGCCACCACGAAUAACAUCCCGGGGAGCGCCAUGACACGUCGGAACACGUACGUGUGCACGGACCGCGCCGGCACCGAUCGACAAUCUCUCCUGCAGAACGGCAAGGAGAACAGUUCCCUGAGCCAUCGCAUCCCCCCGGCCUCCCCCUCCACCCUCAGCAUCUCCGGGGCGGGCGCCUCCUCCUCCUCCACCUCCUCCACGGACCGCUGUCGCCUCACCCGGGGCUCCACCAUCCGCAGCACCUUCCACGGGGGCCAGCUGAGGGACCGCGGGGCCCCCGUCUACUCGGCCCCGCCCACCUCGCCCACCCUCUCCCACCACGAAGCCAGCCCGCUGCCGCACGCACGCAGCCGGGCCACCUCCAACCUCUUCACCAAGCUGACCUCCAAACUCACACGCAGGGUCACAAAUGAAUCUGAGGGAAUCAGCAGAUUUGCGAUCACAAGUCGCCAUCUACCUGGGCAUCAAAAAGCGUCCGAGUCCCGGGCCGUCGGAUGUGGCUGGGAUCUGAGGCGGGGGGGCGGCUGCGGCGGCGGCGGCGGCGGCGUGCGGCGACGGGACCCUGCCGAGGUGGUCCUGGCCCUGCGGGACGCGGCCCUGAGCUGCGGCUGCCAGGUCCACCACGCCGGGCCCUUCCUGCUGUCCUGCAGCCGCGGCGCGGCCGGGGCCCGCGUGGCCUUCCACGCCGAGGUGUGCCACCUGUCCACGGGGGGUGCCUCCGAGACUUCGAACGGGGUGCGCUACACGCGCCUCUGGGGGGCGCCCGUGGCCUUUAGGGACAUCGCCACCCAGAUCUCUAGGGACCUUGAGCUCUGA